GUGUUGUCAGGUGGGUGUUCUGGCGGCGGGUGUUCCUAUAAUUAGAUUGAAGGAGUUAGUUUGGGGACAUAAGGACAUCUCUCAAUGCUCAUUCUGAUCAAUCCUACAGACAGACAGUUUGGAGACAACAUUUCCGUCAGUGUCUGGACAGCUUUAUCGCUGACAGAAAGGAACCAAAGCCAGGGACAACGGACAAGGUAGAUGGGUCUGGUACAGUGGUUGAAGGGGCAGUUUUUGUGUCACCUGAUCAUCUGCUAUGGGUUCUUGGUCAGCGGUCUCCUGGUCAACCUAUUACAGAUCUGCACUCUGCCCCUCUGGCCAAUCAACAAGCAGCUGGCCCGGAGGAUCAACUGUAAACUGGGAUAUUCCCUCACCAGCCAGUCUGUGGCUCUCCUAGAGUGGUGGUCUGGCACUGAAGUAACUUUCUACACAGACCCAGCGGACUACCAAUUCUACGGCAAAGAGAACGCCAUCGUCGUCCUUAACCACAACUUUGAAAUAGACUUUCUGUGUGGCUGGACCUUCUGUGACAGAUUCGGGGUCCUUGGGGCCUCCAAAUGUUUAGCCAAGAAAGAGUUGUCGUACCUGCCUGUGAUUGGCUGGAUGUGGUACUUCCUGGAAAUGGUGUUUAUUAAGAGGAAGUGGGAGGAAGAUAAGAGGAGCUUUGUCCAGAGUCUUCAGAACCUACGGGAUUACCCCGAGAAGUUCUGGUUCCUGCUCCACUGUGAGGGAACACGCUUCACAGAGGAGAAGCAUCAGAUCAGUAUGGAGGUGGCAGAGAAGAAAGGCCUGCCUAAACUCAAACACCACCUCCUGCCCAGGACCAAGGGCUUCUGGGUAGCCGUCCAGAACCUCCGAGGGACAGUUGCUGCGGUCUACUGUUGUACACUAAAUUUCAGAAACAACGAAACACCAACCUUGCUGGGAGUUAUCAACGGGAAAAAAUAUCAUCCAGAUUUAUACAUAAGGAGAAUCCCUCUGGAGUCCGUGCCAGAGGAUGAGGCUGAAUGUUCUUCCUGGCUUCACAAACUCUACCAGGAGAAGGACCAGUUCCAGGAGGACUACAGCCACACUGGAUGUUUCCCUGGCCCUGUAGUCACACCUCUGCGUGGACCCUGGGCCCUAAUCAACUGGAUAGGCUGGACCUGCCUUCUCCUAUACCCCCUCUACCUCCUCCUGGUCCAGCUGGUCCUCUCUGGGUCUAUUCUCACCAUACUGGCCACUGUGGCCUUCUGCUCUGCAGGACCCAGAAAAUGGAGGCAGUGGGAGAACUUAUUCAACUACAGAGCGCUAUGGAUCCGUCUGCAGAUGAAUGUCCCAAGAGAGUACCGGUACAUCCUUUGUCGGUUGGUGUGCGCUGGAUGAUUGGACAGACUGAGAUUAAGAGAAGCUCCAGCUAUGGGGUCCCACUUAACUGAGAUGGCCUUGCAAGAUCCUUCCCAGCUCCCAGGGACCACGCACAUUACCAAUCUCAUCCCUACAGCACAGUUCACCUCCAGCAGAUAAUUAAUUCCAAAGAAAGAAUGUUGGUCAGAGAUGGCAUUGCAUUCAACUCAAGUACGACAAGGGUGGAAGGUGCUUCAGCAGUCUUCCUCUUGCCAGUACAUGAAUAUACUGCACCUAAACACAUACCGUGCAUUCAAAGUAUUUAGACCCCAUGAACUUUUCCAGAUUACGUUACAGCCUUAUUCUAAUAUGGAUUAAAUAGUCAUCGGGUUCUUGGUCACCUCCCUGACCAAUGCCCUUCUCCGAUUGGUCAGUUUGGCUGGGCGGCCAGCUCUAGAAAGAGUCUUGGUGGUUCCAAACUUCCAUUUUAAGAAUGGAGGCCAAUGUGUUCUUGGGGAUCUUUAAUGCUGCAGAAAUGUUUUGGUACCCUUCCCCAGAUUUGUGCCUCGACACAAUCCUGUCUCGGAGCUCCACGGACAAUUUCUUCGACCUCAUGACUUGGUUUUUGCUCUGUCAACUGUGGGACUUUAUAUAGACGGGUGUGCCUUUCCAAAUCCUGUCCAACAAAUUUACCACAGGUGGACUCAAUCAAGUUGUAGAAAUUGCUCAAGGAUGAUCAAUGGAAACAGGAUGCACCUGAGCUCAAUUGAGUCUCAUGACAAAAGUUCUGAAUCCUUAUGUGAAUACGGUAUGUUUUCACUUUAAUUAUGGGCAAUUGAGUUUAUUUUAUUUCAUCCAGUUUAGAAUAAGGUAACGUAACAAUGUGGAAAAAGUCAAGGGGUGUGACUGCACUGUAGGUUCAGGGCCUGCAUCCAUGUCUUUGUCCUUGCCAUACAUCAACAUGUAUGACUAAAGUAUGUUGUGAUGUUAAAUGCACUCGAUUAAAAAUGUAUUACUUUUUUGCACAUGA